AUGUUUCAUGAGAUUCUCAGAUUAGGGUUGCCAGUCGCACGAAAGGGGAAGAUUCCGCUCUGGAGAACUAUUGGAUGGUACUUUUUCGCCGCUUUGCUGUGGUUGUUUUAUGGAAAGCCUGUGCUGAGUCACUUUCAAGAUCAGGGUUUGGCGUUUACGCGCCUUCCGUUCUUUGAGUACGCUCUCCGACACCAUACCUUUAUUGCUUUCAUGAUGUAUUGCGCAGGCUUCGUUGGCUUUGUCCUCUCGCUGAAGCAGGAUCUAUAUCACCUCCAAUUCACAUUUUUCGGUCGUGCACUUGUCGCACUUAUUCUCGUCGUCGUCCAGGCCCAUUUCAUGAUUCUCAACGUCACGCAAGGUCUAAUCUGGUUUGCAUUGCCGUGUUGGCUCAUCAUUUGUAACGAUUCUUUCGGCUACUUUUGCGGUCGUCUCUUCGGCCGCCACUCCUUGACCGUGCUGUCUCCGAAGAAGACAUGGGAAGGGUACAUUGGGGCUGGCAUCUUCACCAUGAUCACUGCCUUUUUUCUGUCCGGUGCGCUGUCUUCCUAUCCCUCACUCGUCUGCCCUAAGUACGACUACGAUGAUUGUACUAUACUUUGCCCACCUAUUUCAUGCGAUCCACUUCCUACUGUCUUCAAUCAAGUUCAGCGGACUAUUGAGAUCAUCCCUGGUCUAACACAACCCUUUACAGUCUCAUACCGCCCAGUUCAGCUGCACGCCAUUGCCUUGGGCUUAUUCGCGGCUUCUAUCGCUCCAUUCGGAGGGUUUUUCGCAUCAGGGGCGAAGCGAGCGUUUGGCGUCAAAGACUUCGGCGGUUUACUCCCUGGACAUGGUGGCGUCACCGACCGAGUAGAUUGCCAGUUGAUGAUGGCUGUUUUCACGUAUGUGUACCUCAUCAAUUUCGUUCAGGUGAACUUUGUCGGCUCGCCAGAUGUUGGUAAGCUAAUGAGCUUAGUGUCAGAGCUCAGCUCGGGAGAGCAGGUUGAACUCUUAACUGAGAUAUACACACGGUUGAGACGGCGGGGAUUGGAUCAUAUCGUAUUAAGCAUAGGAAAUUCUACCACGAUUGCCGGCUAGAAAGAAAAAUCCAUACUUUUAGUCAUUGGGGGCAUGUGUGUUCUGCAUCGGAAGCAAUGUGUUGCUCGUGAGUGACGCGACAUGUGCGAAGUAUUUAUAUCAAAACGUCUCGUCUUUCUGCU